AUGAACGCAACUGUUUUUGCUGUGUUGCAGGAUCGAAGGAUUGAAGCAUGGUGCAAAGAGGCGGUUCUUUCCUUUUCCUGUCCCGCCCAGAUUUUCCUUUGUACUACAAACAAAACGCUCAGUGUUGCGACAGCGAAGCGCGCCGUGAAGGCCGAGCACCUGGAGGCCCCCGAGUCUGGAGGGCGGCACUGCGGAGCGGACGGCGGGUCUGGAGGCGAAGGCCCCGUCCCGGCGGAGACCCCGCAGCUGGUCAUCAGCGGCACCUUCUCGCUGGCUGGCCCGGCCGGCGGUGCGGGGCAGGUGGAGCAGGCCUCGCGGCGGCAGCGAGGCGGGAAGGCGCGGCUCGCGUCCAAGUGCGGAGAGUGCGGCAAGAGUUUCCGGGCCGAGGCGGACCUGCGGAAGCACCUGGCGGGGCACUCCAAGGCGGGGCGGCACGCGUGCGGAGUGUGCGGCAAGCAGUGGACUAAGGCUGCGAAUCUGGAGAGGCACUCCAGGAUCCACACCGGGGACAAGCCGUACCAGUGUGACGAGUGUGGGAAUAAGUUCAAUCAGGAAAGUACUCUUACGAGGCACAAGAGGAUCCACACUGGAGAGAAGCCGUACCAGUGUGACGUGUGUGGAAAAAAAUUUCCCCGGAAACAUCAUCUCGGUCAGCACAAGAGGAUUCACACUGGCGAGAAGCCGUAUGAGUGCAACGUGUGUGGGAAGAAGUUCAACCAGAGCCCACAUCUUAUUGUGCACAAAAGGAUCCACUCUGGAGAGAAGCCGUACGAGUGCGAAGUGUGCGCGAAGAAGUUCUCUGAUCCCUCAGCUCUACACCACCACAAGGGCAUUCAUGCUGGACAGUAACCCAGGGAGAAGCUGUGCUAGUGUGUCGUUUAUUGACGAAUGUCAAGGCUUUGGAGUGUGACGUGUGAAGAAACCUUCCUCUGGUAUUUCAGUACGUGCUCGUAAAAGCAGUAAGUUCAUAAUUUCAGUUGAAUUACGACGUAUGACAGUGCAUGUGAGUGUUCGGUGAAAGAAGCCAUGUUUGUGAAGUUUUGCCAUAGUCCACUUCGUUGUUCGAAACAUUUCUAAACCUGUUUUUGAGUGCGGCAAAGCACCGUAGUGCAGUACUUUGGAUCCGGUUACAACCGUUCUCAUGAUGUCAAUGUUUAGCUGCUCAUUUUUAUUGUCUUAGUUCCUAGUCUCCUGUUUGUGAAUUCUGUCUUAUAUUCUUGUGCUCUGCGAACACAAGAGCAUUCAAGUUCAUCAAGUGUAAGUGCUAUAUUUCUUGACGAGUUUUAAGGUCUUGGAGUGUGAUGUGGGCAGAAAGAAGUUCCCUCUAAAAUUUAAUUCCAUGCACGUUACAACUUAAAGUUCAUAAUUUUGGUUGUACUCCUGCAAAGUCUGUUGUCUUGGUAGUAAUGCGGUCAAG